AUGUCGCGCAGAACGUCUCAGGCUUCUAAGGUACCGGCCGUGGGCAUAGAUCUUGGCACAACGUAUUCCUGUGUGGGAGUUUUCCAAAACGGCAAGGUUGAAAUAAUUGCAAAUGAUCAAGGCAGUAGAACAACACCCAGCAUUGUUGCAUUUACUGAAGAGGAACGCCUUGUAGGAGAAGCUGCAAUGCAUCAAAUGGCAAUGAAUCCCUCGAAUACGGUAUUUGAUGCCAAACGAUUAAUUGGCCGUCAAUGGAAUGAUCCAGUAGUGCAUUCGGACAUGAAACUAUGGCCAUUUCAAGUGAUAAACGAGGCGAAUAAAAUUAAGAUUAAAGUGCAAUUCAAAGGUGAAACAAAGACUUUCUUUCCCGAAGAAAUUUCUUCUAUGGUUCUUGCAAAAAUGAAGGAAACUGCUAGAGCGUAUUUGGGAACAGAAGUGACAAACGCUGUUAUUACCGUGCCUGCGUACUUCAACGAUUCACAGCGACAAGCUACUAAGGACGCAGGUCAGAUCGGUGGACUUAAAGUUCUCCGUAUUAUCAAUGAACCAACGGCCGCUGCAAUUGCUUAUGGACUACAUAAAAAAGAGGACGAGAAGGAGCGCAACGUGCUCAUCUUCGACCUGGGCGGCGGCACCUUCGAUGUGUCCAUCCUGUGCGUGGCCGGUGGCAUCUUCGAGGUGAAGGCGACGUCGGGCGACACGCACCUGGGCGGGCAGGACUUCGACAGCCGCAUGGUGACGCACUUCGUGGAAGAGAUCAAGCGCAAGCACAAGAAGGACAUCUCGGACAACAAGCGCGCGCUGCGGCGCCUGCGCACGGCCGCGCUGGAGCCCGUGGACAAGGCGCUCAAGGACUCGGGGUUCCGCAAGGGCGACAUCCACGACAUCGUGCUCGUGGGCGGCUGCACGCGCAUCCCCAAGGUGUACGAGGGCGAGCGCAGCUUGACGCGGGACAACAACGUGCUGGGCAAGUUCGAGCUGACGGGCAUCCCGCCCGCGCCGCGCGGGGUGCCGCAGAUCCAGGUGUCGUUCGACAUCGACGCCAACGGCAUCCUCAACGUGACGGCGCAGGACAAGUCGACGGGCAAGGAGCGCAACAUCACCAUCACCAAGGGCCGCCUCAGCAAGAACGACAUCGACCGCAUGGUGAACGAGGCGUCGCGCUACCGCGAGGACGACGACGAGCAGCGCGAGCGCGUCGCCACCCGCAACGCCUUCGAGUCCUACAUCUACGGCGUCAAGAACGCCAUGGAGGGCGCGGGCGGCGAGUCGGUGGGGGCGGAGGAGCGCGCGCGCUGCACGCGGCUGGCCAACGAGGCCAUGCACUGGCUGGACGCCAACACCAUGGCGGACCGCGCCACGCUGGAGCGCAAGCUCAAGGAGCUGGAGAGAGCAUGCGCGCCCGUGCUCACCAAGAUGCACCACCGGCCGUCGGCGGACGGGCCCUCCAUGGCUUCCACGGCCUCCGCGCGCGCCGGCACCUCCGGGGGGCCCGAGAUCGAGGAGAUGGAUUGACUCACGCGCUUGCCUUCUGUAGUUUUCAACAUUUUUAAUAAAAAUAUACUUUUUCACGUAUCUGGUUACGUUUCAACGCAUUACAACGACGGGCAAUUGUCGAGGGUUGUCAUUAUGCAGAAUUGAAUGUUCUUCGAAUAAUAAGCGAUUCUGUAGCUGCUGGAUUUUCGCAUGGAUUAUAUCUGGCGGCUGAGGUUCCCAACGUGCUGGUCUUCCACCUCGGCGGAGGCACGUUCGACGUGUCCAUCCUGCGGGUGGCGAACGGCGCGUUCGAGGUGAAGGCGACCACGGGAGACGGCCACCUGGGCGGCGAGGACUUCGACGUGCGCCUGGUGUCGCACUUCGCGGAGGAGAUCCGCCAGCAGCACGGCCGUGACAUUACUGGCGACGCCCGCGCCGUGCGCGUGCUGCGCGCGGCGUGCGAGCGCGCCAAACGCGCGCUCUCCGACGCCGACGAGGCGACGGUGGCCGCCGAGCUGCACGGCUUGAGCUUCCGGGCCACGCUCACCCGCCAGCGCUUCGAGGCGCUGUGCCACGACCUGUUCCUGCUGCUGUUCCAACACCUGGAGAACGUGCUGUUCGUGGCGAACGUGCUGCGCGGGGAGAUCGACCGCGUGGUGCUGGCGGGCGGUGCCACGCGCAUGCCCAAGAUCAGGGAGAUGAUCGGGGUGUUCUUCGACAAGGAGAUAGCGCAGCCCGUCUCGCCCGAGACGACGGUGGUGACGGGCGCGGCCAUGCAGGCGGCAAUCGUCUACGCCCAAGGCCCCGUCGUCAUGUCACCGCUCUCUAUUGGCAUAGAGGCUCCCGGGGCUGCGAUGACCGUCAUCAUCCCGCGACGGAGCGAGCUCCCAGUGAAGAAGACCGUCAACUACACGACGUAUCACGACUACCAGCAAGCCAUUACACUCAACGUGUUCGAAGGCGAGCGCCUUCUGGCGACAAGCAACACCAUGCUGGGGACUCUGACCUUGGACGGGAUCCCUCUCCUGCCGAGGGGAAUUCCUCAAAUCGAUAUCACGUUUGAUUUGGACUCGAGCGGCCUACUGACGGUGACGGCGUGCGAGCGGAGCACCGGCAUCAAGAACCACUUCGUCGCGAUAACGAGCAAGGACCACAUCGGCGAGGAGCAGGUGGAGCGCGUGCUGGCCGAGGCGGAGUAUUUUCGCGAGGACGACGAGAACGAGCGGGACCGCCUCGUGGCCAGGGACCUGUUCAAGGUGUGUCUGCUCAACGUUAAGAGGGCCAUGAACGCGCCCGACGUCGUAGAGUCCAUGGACGUCGAGGACCACGCGUGGUAUAUGCAUAUGCUGCGCUCCGACUACCAGUGGUUGAAGAGCAACCUGUCAGCCAAGAAAGAGGAGUUCAUGCGCAGGAGAAUCGAUUUGCAAAUCGUGUACUUGUCAAUCGUCGCCGAUAUGUUUCACGACGAUUUGAAUCAUGAGUUAAGAUGUAGAAGAGAAGGAUAAUACGGAAUUUUUAAUUAGAAACACGGGAAAUUAUUGGUAUUUAAUACAAAUGGUAGUUUUGUUUUAAAAUGAACACAUUUUCUUUUUGAAUGGAUUGGCGUAUUUUAAACAUAUUUAUAUACAAGUUUCAUAAUCAUGUUGUUUUGCAUACUGACUUUGUUGUUUUUCAAAGUUCUACGUACAAAAUGAAUUUCCUUAUUACGGACAAGAUGUAUAUUUAAUUAUGCAGUUAUUUAUACUAAUGUUUUUAACCGAAUCGAACAUAUUCCACUGAGAAGCACAGGUCACAAAUCAAUAAGACGGAAAGAAUGAAGAUUAAUGCAGAGGAAAUUCGAUUCGCAAAUUGUAUAUCAAUCGGUGAUCAUAAUUAAGUUUCACGAUGGUGUUAAUUAUGGUAUAAAAUGUGCUUCGUCAAAAAUCCUUUUUUUAGGGAGUUAAUACAUUUUAAAUUGUAAGCAAUUAAUACAAAAUGAUUCAACUGUUAAUAUUAUUACAUUUUAUACUUAUAAUUCUCUAUAAUUCAACAACAUGUUAGUUUUCAAUAUGUUGUAUAAUCAUGUAAUUUGUGUUUCAACAAUCUGUUGUUAAUUACUCUGUUUUAAUCAGAAGUUGAAAUGUGUUUACUUGUAUUAAUGAGUAUUUGCUUGGUGUGGAAGGAGUUAACUAAGAAAGUAGUAAAUACUUAGGAGUAGGUUUGUUUGAAUGAAAUGCUCUCAAUAUUAAUGAUAAUGUAGAUAUUUGAUAAAUUCAAAUAUUUUGAAUGAGUUUCCUUUGAAUAAAUGAACUUAAUUUGUCAUUAUUGAAUGAUAUAUGAUCGUAUGAAUUUUCUGUAUGAUACAUCUAUAUUAGUCCUAAAAUGUAUCGAGAUGUGAAUACGGAUUUGAUAAACGGUAAUUCGCAAUGCAUCAGUAUGAUUCAUCGUUGAAUAUAUUUUCAGUACAGGAAAUUUUAUUGGACAUGUCAUCACGAAUGACAAUAGAGCUAAUGACUAUUAAAACAUUU